ACGUUGUCAGAAAUAAAUAUGGCGAAAGUCACUGUACAAAGUAUAUAUAUGUAGACAUUGGAGCUGUCAUGUGGACGUGUCUCUUUCAAUUUGUUGAUAGCUUUAAAGAAAAGUAUUCCAAGUAGAAGAGUGCCACGAGUCGCGAGUUUGAAAUUAUAAAACUGUAAAUACGUAUAGAAAUUGAGAAUGCGAUGCCAGCACGUAGACGACACGUUGGCUUAGAAGCAAGCCAUGAUUUCGUGAUCACAACCUCAAAUAGUCCCUGGCAGGACAGUACCAUAAGUCCAACGAAAAACAAUGAAAGUGAAGGUUGUAAUUUAACGGAGAACGAAAAACAGAAAUCGAACACUGUACCGGCGACGAUGACGUCGCGUGACAGGACUAAUGAGUUUAUUAACGCUAUCAGGACGAUGCAGAGCAGAACUACUGUACGUUCUGCUAUCAUGCAGAAUCCUCGUCGAGCACGUCAAUUACAGAGCUACUCGAAUUUCAUGAUGAUAGCUAAGAAUAUUGGGAAAAAUAUUGCAAGCACUUACACAAAAUUAGAAAAGCUUGCUCUAUUGGCAAAAAGGAAGUCUAUAUUUAAUGAUAGACAGAUGGAAAUUGAAGAAUUAACAAACAUUAUAAAGACAGAUCUGAAAAGUUUAAAUUAUCAAAUAGGAAAACUACAGGAACUUGGCAAAGAACAACGAGAAGGACAUUGUGCAUGUCCAAGUCACCAUAUGGCUUCGCAUUCUUCUUCAAUUGUUAUGGCCUUACAAUCAAAAUUAGCGAAUAUGUCGAAUCAUUUUAAAAGUGUAUUAGAAGUACGCUCAGAGAAUAUGAGAGAAGAACAAAGCAGAAGACAACAGUUCACUCAGGGUUCUGUAUCCACUAUGUUACCUCCAAGUGUUGCUGGCAAACAAGGGUCAUUAUUACUUCAGGAACAAGAUUCUCCCUCAUCUGUAGCUAUAGAUUUAGAACCAGCAAUGGGACAGUUAACAUUGCAGCAAGCUAUUCAAGAUGACGCUGAUGCGUAUGUUCAAUCCAGAGCAGAAACAAUGCAAAGCAUUGAAUCUACUAUUGUUGAACUCGGUGGAAUUUUCCAACAAUUAGCACACAUGGUUAAAGAGCAGGAAGAAAUGGUGGAAAGGUAAAAAUAUUUUUAAUAGAAAGAAAUCUAAUAUUAACAUCAUAAU